CCCGUGACAGUCUGUCUCAUCUCAUGCUAAAUGGACCCCUCUUUUCCCCUUCACAACUUGUUCUUCUUCUCCUUCUCCUCCUCCUUCUGAAGCUCUAAAAAAACCUGAAACUCACUCUCACAGUCACUCUGCUCUAACUACUCCGCGCUGUCGUUUUAGCAUUUCUCCUCUCUUUCUCUCUCCUGUUCAAUCAUCAUCACCGUCAUAUAUAUAUAUAUAUAUAUAAAAGGUGAGAGUUACUGUAAAACCGGCCUCCCGAGUUGAGAUCAUCGCUGUCCACUCCGGGUCAAGAAAAAAAACCAAUCGAGUCGGUUCGUUCGCUCACAUCGUCAUCCAUGGCUUCCCUGAUUGAAUCUGGCUGGACGUAUCUCAUUACUCAUUUCAGUGACUUUCAACUGGCAUGUCUUGGAAGUUUCUUUCUCCAUGAGAGUGUCUUCUUCUUGUCUGGCCUUCCGUACAUUUUCUUGGAAAGGGCAGGAUGGCUGAGCAAGUACAAAAUUCAGACUAAAAACAACACACCUGCUGCUCAGGAGAAAUGUAUCAGUCGUCUGCUGCUCUACCAUUUUUGUGUGAAUCUCCCUGUCAUGUGUUUCUCUUAUCCUGUCUUCAAAUACAUGGGAAUGCGGAGUAGCCUUCCUUUGCCGUCCUGGAAAGUUGUCUCGACUCAAAUAUUGUUCUACUUUAUUCUGGAGGAUUUUGUUUUCUAUUGGGGACAUCGGAUUUUGCAUACUAAAUGGCUCUACAAACAUGUCCAUAGCGUCCAUCAUGAGUAUGCAACCCCAUUUGGACUGACCUCUGAGUAUGCACAUCCAGCUGAGAUUUUGUUCCUUGGAUUUGCCACAAUCAUUGGUCCUGCCAUCACUGGACCCCAUUUGAUAACACUAUGGCUGUGGAUGGUACUGAGAGUCCUCGAGACUGUCGAGGCACAUUGUGGAUAUGAUUUUCCAUGGAGUCUUUCAAAGUUCUUGCCUGUAUAUGGGGGGUCGGUGCCUGUUACUCUCAUCUUAAGCUUAAACACCUGGACACAAUUGUAAGUUUAGCAUCAAGAUUAUAUAUAAUGACUUCUGUUUGUUUCUUAUUGCAGUGCCGAUUUUCAUGAUUAUCAUCAUCGACUGCUCUAUACAAAAUCUGGCAACUACUCAUCGACCUUUGUUCACAUGGACUGGUUCGUGUUAUCAAUCUUUACUGAAUCUGCUACUUGAUCUCGAGCAUUUUUUUCAGAAGACUGCUGAAUUUUUGCCAUUUCAAGCUUCCUGUUCUUGUAGUGAAGUAGUAAAUGGAAUAACAUUUUUGGAUUGUGGUGUAUAAUAAUCAGGUUGUUUGAUUCCUUUAUUUCCAUUUGGGCAGGAUAUUCGGCACGGAUAAGGGUUACAGAAAAUUGAAGGCACUGAAAAGCAUCGGAGAUGAAGCAACGCACAAAGAAAAUUGAUGACAAAUAGAAAAGUAAUGUUUUCUUUACUGAUUUGAGAGGAAUGGCAAUGAAUUCUUGUGGUGAAAAGCAUAUUGGCAAGGAUCUUUGUUUUAGGUUCAUCAGCACCUUUUGUUCUUACUGCUGUUGUGAUCAAUUGCUGCUAUGUAGGGGCUUACAUGUGUAUGAUUUAGUGUGGAUAUUGUGUAAAACUCGUUUCGGAUUUUUUUAGUCCUCUUGCUGCUAGUAGUUAAAAAUGAAUGAAGUUCAUUUCUCAUCUUUGUGAAAUUCCCUUUUUGGAAUUUUCCGACCAAAUUUCAUAUCUGCGAGGACAAUGUGGUUGAUUUGUCAUUUUCAUAGAUACACCACCACCAUUCGAGCACUCACAGAACUUCGAGUGCUUACUCUGUGUAUGAAAAUUCAUUGAUUUUGGGUGGCUCUGGUUUCUUUCGAUCAAGCACCCAAUUCGUCCCGAAUGUUCAGUCAUGUUUGAAUGAUAAAUAUCUGCAAAUGUGUGGGGCCCAAGGAAAUCCCCAUUAGCACAAUGUGACUAUAAAAAUCUAGCAGGCCUUCCAGCGGCUGCAGGGCUGGUUUGAAUUAUGGCCAGGUUGGGGUCUUUCAUUAUAAGUGGAUAUUUUGCCUUUUUGUGUACCAUUUAUAAAUGCUUGUUCUAAGAUUUAUGUUGAGGUUAUCGUUAAAAUUGUUGGGUCAUACUUCUUGUGGUAAUCAUAUGCAAGUAUAGUAGAUUUGCUUAGUCCCUUCUCGGAACGAUUGGCUAUUAUUUAUUUUACGUUUAGGACAAAUAAAUAAUUUAAUUAUCUUCUUUGUUAACGUUUGUCAA